UAUUUCUUUGGGAAACAAGUCUUGUUGAAAUCAGACACAUUCAUACAAUUUAAUAUUAAAAGUUCAAUAUAUAAUUACCCCCAUGGUAAACAUUUGUAGUAACUGUUUUAACUGUUAAAGUAUUCAGUGUUAUUUUUUGUCAGAGUCAAACAAACACAGAAAAUCCUUGAAAGAAGAAGUCUAUGGCUGCAACAGAAAUGUCUAAAUUUCCAUUAGCUGUCAGCAAAGCAGGAGGUGUAAUUAAAGGAGGUAAACCAGGUCGGCUGAUAAGGGAUGCCAGAUGUCCGUGUUUUGUUUCCACUGAACUUUUGUGCGAGCAUCGUUUAUCUGCCUUUUUACUCGACAAGUGACUUUGGCCUGGAGUUUUUUAUUUUUUUAACGACGUGCUCAUACGAGCUGGAUGUCCUUCCAUGACCUCAGUUAACAGUGCGUCCACACCAAAGAGAUGGCCCUGUUGAUGGAGCACCAGUUCAGGCAGCUGUCAGCUGACAGACAGGUGGAAACAAGACCGUUUCUGGAUGCUGUGUCAUACCUUCCACUAUUCUUUGACUGCCUCGGCCCGACCAUUUUUGCACCUAUCAAAGUUGAUUUAAUUGGCAACAUCACUAAAAUCAAGGCAGUCUAUGAUACCAAUCCAGGAAGAUACAAGACGCUCCAGCAGCUUUUGGAAGCUGAGAAAGAAAUGUGUGGAAGUGAAUGGCCCAGGGUUGGGGCUACCCUGGCACUCAUGUGGCUGAAAAGAUCUCUUAAAUUCAUCCAGAUCUUUCUUCAGAGUCUGGUGGACGGAGAAAAGGACCAAAGCAACCCUAACCUCAUGCGAGUCAAUAUCACCAAAGGAUAUGAUGUGGCUCUUAAAAGAUACCACGGCUGGUUUGUGCAGCAGCUCUUCAAGGCCGCUCUUUAUGCUGCUCCCUAUAAGUCAGAUUUCCUGAAGGCUCUUUCCAAGGGCCGGGAUGUAAAGGAGGAAGAAUGCCUGGAAAAAAUCAGGAAAUUCCUCAUCAAUUUUUCUGCCAACAUUGAUGCAGUGUAUGAUAUAUAUAGUAGGAUGAAUGCGGAUCUUGACUAUAAGGUGUGACAGCAGAGUUCUCCUCUUUCCACUUUCCAGCUGUUUUGUUAUCAAAAUACUUCACAUUCUGUGGUAUUUUACAAUCAAGAUCUCUUCAUGUCACUUCAGCGUGACGUCUAAUAACCACAUUUCACAUUGUGUUUGUGCACUUUCAUCUGUGUGCAAGUUUUAAUAUCAAUCUUUUAUUUUUAGACUCAAAGAAGUUACAGUUUUUUACCCCUUUGCUUAGAUUUGAAACAAUUGUAUUUCUUUAUUGGAGUUUAGCUGAAUUAAUUACAUUUAUUUACAGCAUUUUUUUAACUUAAGGCACCUUAAGAAACAAAGUACAAGCGGUUGUUUAAAUGUUUAAAAAUCUCACCAAAAUAGGGUUUAAACUUGCAACACAGGAUAAAACACAACACAAGCAUCUACAUAGCAAUAUUAAAGAGAUCAAAUCAAACAUAAGCUUGAUUAAAAGUAUUUUUUUAAACGAGAAGCCAUUUUGCUGUGUAUUAUCUCAGGUUUACAGCUAGGUUUUGCGCACUUUAUUUUCAUCUCUUAUGUCUUCAGAAUAAAAGGACAACAAUCUCUUUUUGAAAAUGCAGUUUAAAAAACACAGAUUGUUCUCACAAUUGUUCAUUUUUUUGACAACAUGAUGACCAUUCACUCAUUUAGCUUUUCUAAACUUUGAUUCUAACCAUCUGUUGAAAUAGCCUGCGAAAUGAUCCCUGUUUUUUUUUCCUUUGUGUCCUUAAUGUUUUACUUCCAUCUGUUUUGUAGCUUUAAUGGUUGUGCAAAGUCAAACAUACACCUCAUGGGUUCACAGUCUGCAAUAAAAUGUAUUUGAAGGAAAA